AUACCUUUUACAUUCUCACCAAACUCCAGGCCCGACCUCCACCACUCACCACCGCUCCCCACGCCCGGCCCCACCUACAAUACUCGUUUCUGAUUUCCCUUUUCUUCUUCAAUUCUGAAAAUUGUAGACAAUCAGUGCGUGAAAAAUCUGUUUCUUGUAGAAAAGGGAAAUUCCAACUGCAUUUACACUUCAAACCCUAAUCUUUUACAGUCCAAUUUGCAGUAAGAAAAUAGUAUCAGUGAAUUUCAAUGACCCAGUUGAAGCCCAUAUUGUCUCAUUUAGACCCGAUCAUCCCUUCAUCCACUGGGAAAUUCAAGCCCGAUAAGUUUUCAGCGUAUAGUUUUCACCGCCUGCGCUGCCACCCCAGGCUUGCUUUUUGGUCUUUCCUUUCUGUUAUUUUCAUCCUGCUUUUCUUCUGUUUCUCCCCUCCGGAUGGCGGCGCCGCCGCCAAACGCCGUAGCCUUCAUACCAGCAGUUAUACGAGGCGGAUGCACUUGGACUCGAACUGGGAACUGAAGGCCCGGAACUCGGCCCGACCACGAUCCAAGACGGGCUUUUCGGUACUUGUUACUGGUGCUGCUGGGUUUGUUGGAACCCAUGUCUCUCUUUCGCUCAAGCGUCGUGGAGAUGGCGUUGUUGGGCUUGAUAAUUUCAACAGUUACUAUGACCCUGGGCUGAAAAAGGCCCGUAAAUCCCUCCUGGAUCGUGCCGGCGUGUAUGUGAUUGAGGCUGAUAUAAACGACGCAGUUUUGCUUAGGAAGCUCUUCGAGACUGUGCAUUUUACUCAUGUGAUGCAUUUAGCAGCCCAGGCCGGAGUACGGUAUGCAAUGCAGAACCCAAAUUCUUACAUUCACAGUAAUGUUAAUGGUUUUGUUAGCUUACUUGAAGCAUGUAAAAAUGCAACCUUACAACCUAGUAUAGUAUGGGCAUCGAGCAGCUCUGUUUACGGGCUUAAUUCUAAGGUUCCCUUUUCAGAAAAAGAUAGAACAGACCGGCCUGCUAGUUUAUAUGCAGCCACUAAAAAGGCUGGUGAAGAAAUAGCACAUACGUAUAAUCAUAUUUACGGACUUUCAAUUACCGGGCUGCGGUUUUUCACAGUUUAUGGGCCGUGGGGAAGGCCAGAUAUGGCUUACUUUUUCUUUACCAAGGAUAUAUUAAAAGGGAAAGAGAUUAAGAUAUUUGAAGGGGCUGAUCAUGCAACUGUGGCGCGUGAUUUUACCUACGUAGAUGAUGUUGUGAAGGGUUGUUUAGCAGCAUUGGAUACCGCGAAGAAGAGUACUGGGAACGGUGGGAAGAAGAAAGGUGCGGCGCAGUUUAGGAUAUAUAAUUUGGGGAACACAAAUCCUGUGCCAGUGGCAGAUCUCGUGGCUAUCUUGGAGAAGUUGUUGAAGGUGAAGGCGAAGAAAAAGUUGUUGGCAAUGCCGAGGAAUGGGGACGUUUUGUUCACACAUGCAAACAUAAGUUUGGCAAGAAAGGAGCUUGGGUACAAACCAACAACUGACUUGGAAACGGGUUUGAAAAAGUUUGUGAAAUGGUAUCUCCGUUACUAUGGUUCAAAGAAAAAGAGUGCCUGGUGAAUUUGGGAAAAAAAAUGAAAAAAUAUAUAUAUCCUACUUCAUUUUCGGUGGUCUAUUUGCUUACGUUGUGAAUAAAUGCCAAUUUGAGUAUUCGUUCCCUUCUGUAUCUUUUGGAAUUGGGAGAGUGGUUUGGCCAUGCAUUUUGCUAGGCACUCUUUGAUGUUUAUGGACAGAGUCUUUUCAUUUAUUUUCCACAUUAUUGUUGAGCUAUUCUAUCUGUAGGUAGACAUUUUACUUUAAUGUUUUUAAAGGACGUGCUCAUUUGGUUAGCUUCGCUAUAUUUAUUCUGGUUUAAUAAAAGAGUAUGCAUGUUACUUCAUCC